GGAGAGUUCUUAUCGCCGCUUGUAACAUUUUACAGUUCGGUUCGGUCUACAGGUUAGUUUCUAGAUAUGUUCCGCGCUUUGGGCGAGUGCUGACCGAUAAAUCGUCGAGAAAUCGUGCCGAAUUGCAAAUAACUUUGCAAAGUUACAUGUUUACAUCUUGUCAGAGUGCCAGUGUCAGUGCCAGUGUCGAUGGCAGGUGCAGUCGGUGGGCAUCGUAUUCGUAAUUAGUAUUUCCCCUGCUCGGCUCACCUGUGGAUUGUGUCUUCCCUCAUCGUCGAUUAGUUUUUGUGUGUGUGUUUGGGUAGAAAAGAAAUUAGAAAAUGGUCUGCAAGUCGUGGACGCUGCCGCAUCGGUCAGCAGUCCCUCCUGCGUCCCACAGACUCUUGGGAUCGGUUCGCCUCACGUACGCCGUGUGCGCCUUCCUGUCGAUCUGCCUCCAUUCUGCCAUGCGCAGCAUGCUUGCCAUGGUCAUACUACGUAUGGUCAAGCCGCGACCCGAGGACAGCCUUCUGAUGGCCCUGGAGCUGGAGCGCAGCAACUCCACUGGUCCGGGGCAGUGCGGAGGCCCUGUCGUUGGCCCGCGUUUGCAGCAGACGGGCGGCGACCUGCCCUGGACACGCAACCAGGAGCUUACCUUUCCCGGCGUCUACUACUACGGCUACGUCAUCUCGAUCCCCCUGGCCGGACACCUGUCGGAUCGGUUCAGCAGCAAGCGGCUGUUCAUCCUGUCCUUGGUCUUCGAGGCUUCGGCAUACUGCCUCCUCCCAACGAUGGCGCAUCACAGCUAUGGCGCCGCGGUAGCCGGCUUGGUGGUCUCCGGCAUGUGUGCGGGAUGCGGCAAUCCGCCGCUAUACCAGCUGUUCGUGACCUGGGCACAUCCCACGGAGCGGACGUCGCUGCUCUCGUUCGCCUACAUCGGCCUUCUCAUGGGCUCUAUUGUGGUCUAUCCGGUGGCCAACUACCUCAGCGACUUUGCGUGGGAGCUAUCCUUCUAUGUGGUUGGAAGUGUGACGCUGGUCUUCGGCAUAUCCUGUCACUGGCUCAUCUACGACACACUGGACCAGCAUCCACGCAUCUCGAAUGCGGAGAAGGCGUACUUACAACGGGAGCCGUUGUCCAGGAGCCAAGUAGGUGACUAAGUAGGUGAUCCACUGGUUACUUUCUCUUUAUUUUCCACAAUUUGGCAGUUAAAUGUUCCUUGGAGACAGCUGCUUACCUCGCUUCCUGUGUAUGCCUUCAUCCUGACGCACGUCUUCCACAACUACACCUUCCUCGUACUGUCCGUCGUGAUGCCGCGCUUCAUGCGCGAGGCCAUGCAAUUCACCAUCCAUGAUGUCGGGGUUCUGUCGGCGGCUCCGUAUCUGGGCGGUAUGUUCUCGAAGCUGAUAUGCGUCUUUAGCUGCGGCUACGUGGAGCGGCGCGUGGGUCUCAAUCAGAGCUGGAUGCGUCGACUGCUGUAUGUCGCCUGUAGCAUUUUAACGAUGGUUUUUAUUGGCAUUAUUAUGUGGGCCGGCUGCGAGCAGAAGACACUAGUAAUGCUGAUGUACGCGUUCCUUUACGCCACCACAGACAUGGGUUUCAGUGCCGGCUACUGGCCCACACUGUUGUACUUCGCGCCUUCCUUUGCCGGUCUUCUAUCCGGACUGGCCAACUGUUUGGCCCACCUGUCUGGAUUUCUGGCGCCCCAUCUCGUGGCCGCUCUGGUGCAUACUGGCACCAAGGCCGAGUGGAAUAUUGUGCUGCUGACACUGAUCCUUUUCAAUGGCAUGGCCAUGUUUGUGUUUGGGCUGUUCAGCAGUACGAGGCUGCAGUCUUGGGAUCCACGCAGACACGCGGAGUCUUUAAGUGCAAAUCAAGACAACGUUCAUUAGAAAUUAAGAAUUAAACCUAUUUUAUUUUUUGUUCUUUGUGUUUUUAUAUCCGCGCCCAUUGAGUGUGCACCUCUGUAAUAUCGAAUAAAGUAGAUUCUAGUGUUUUCUAAUGUUUUAUACUCUUUGCAUUUCUCCUUAGAUGUUUGAUAUCGGAUACAAAACAAAAAUUAGCUUAACAAGAAAUGCAAAUGAAUAUCCCUUCUAAUAAACAUUGUCGUAUCGCCUCUUAAAUACAUGUAUACAUAGUUAAAAAGAUGGCAUUCCCAAAAAUAAUAUUUUAACUACGUUUAAAGUUUCAUAGAGAAA